GCCAAAUUUCAGAUAAACGCAGACCGACUGACCGACCGGCAAGGGAGAAACCAGUAGUGUAACUUCUCGUGAUCCGCAGCGCCUUCUCCUUCUCUUCUUCUCUUUCUUCAUUCAAUUCAAUCCUCAAGUUCAUAACUGCGAGGCACGCUUCCUCCCGUGUUCUUUCUUAACUGAAAUGAAACCAGUAUUCACCGGCUUCUUUCCUGGAGCGGAUCACGCAGUGAGGAACCCUAAGCUUCAUUCUUUUCCUCCACGCCUUUUCCGGAAUCAUGUGCUGCUAAAUGAUCAGAAUCACUGAAAGUUUAAAUGCUCGUAAAUAUUGUGAUUUAAUAUGAAGAUUGUGUGGUUUCUCUCUGGACAUCCAAGAAUCUUCCUUUGCACAAUGCUUGGGCUGAAAUGGGCUGAAGAAGUAUUGAAGGGCAUCAUGUAAGUUCAUUUGGAUAUACCUAAAAGCGAUGACCACUUUUUCUGGCACUAGUGAAAUUACAGAGUCGGUAGACGAAGACUUAGAUGAAAAUAAGCAAGUAUUAGAAUAUUUGCAAAACCAGAAUGUGAUGAAGACAGGAAAAAGGUAUUUUAUCAAGCAAGACAUCAACAGACUUUUUGAGGCUAUAGAAAUAAAAAGUUCUCACAAGGGCAGUAAGGAUGCAUCUCAAAAGAGUGCAAUGAAAAGACCAAUCAGACCAUACUCUUCUCCUCAAGCAGUAAAUUUGAAGCAAGCUCUUAGAGGACUAUGCAUUUCUCAUGCAUCAGAGAUGGCUGCUAUGAAUAAGCGGUUGUCAAGAAUUGGCAUUGUACCUCUUCCGCCUCCAGGUGGUUGUGAAUCAAUGGAAGUGGAAUCAGAACAGUAUGCAGUUGCUAAGGUGGGCCCUGAGUUGAACAGUGCUGCACAAACAUCAGAUGUCAUUGCUAAACCUGAUGAAGGGUCAAGCUCAAAGAGUAGUAAUGAGGAAACCUGUCAUUUGAAAGGAUCCAAUCAGAGUGGACAUAGACCUCGCACGUCAAAGGAUAUGCGAUGGGAAGCCAUUCGUUCUGUUGAGAAGCAGCAUGGGCAUUUAGGGUUGAGACAUUUUAAAUUCAUGAAAAAGGUUGGGGGUGGUGAUAUUGGAAGUGUUUACCUGUCUGAACUAAUCGGGACGGGAUGUUUGUUUGCUUUGAAGAUAAUGGAUAAUGAGUUUUUGGUAAGCAAGAGAAAGACAAUAAGGGCUCAAACAGAAAGGGAUAUAUUGGAAAUGUUGGAUCACCCCUUUCUCCCCACACUCUAUGCACAUUUCACAACAGAUAAAUAUUCGUGCUUAGUGAUGGAUUAUUGUCCAGGCGGUGAUCUGCAUGUUCUUCGCCAAAAGCAACCAAGCAGGACUUUUUCUGAACAUGCAGUUAGAUUCUAUGUUGCUGAAGUUCUUCUUGCACUCGAGUACCUUCACAUGCUAGGCAUUGUGUACAGAGAUUUGAAACCUGAGAACAUACUGGUCCGAGGAGAUGGUCAUAUAAUGCUUUUAGAUUUUGAUCUAUCCUUCAGAUGUGCGGUUACUAAUGACCCAAAACUGCUCAAAUCACAUUCUCCUCUUCCUGAACCUUCAAACAGGAUGUCUAGCCCAUGUUCUCCUCAUUCGAGAUGCAUAGAGCAGUCUUUCUGCCUCAAUCCAUCCUGGCAAGUAUCUUGCUUCACCCCCAAGGUAAAAACUGCCGACUUAGAAGCUGCCCAAAUGACCCAGCUUGUAGUGGAGCCUACCAGUGCCCGUUCCAAUUCUUUUGUCGGAACGCAAGAAUAUUUGGCUCCUGAGAUCAUCAAAGGAGAAGGUCACGGAAGUGCUGUGGAUUGGUGGACUUAUGGGGUGUUCAUGUAUGAGCUUCUUUACGGGAAGACGCCUUUCAAAGGGACUACCGAUGAGGGUACUUUGGUCAAUGUGGUAUCACAAUCUCUCAAGUUCCCCGAGAGUCCUAUGAUAAGCUCUAAUGCCAGAGAUUUGAUCAGACGGUUGUUAGAGAAAGAACCUGAGAAGAGGUUGGGAUGCUCCAAAGGAGCAUCUGAGAUCAAGAGCCAUUCGUUCUUCGUCGGACUGAAUUGGGCUUUGAUACGAUGUGAAAUCCCACCGGAAAUUCCAAGGUUAUCUGCGACAACAAACAACUCACAGAAGAAGCAGGAUAAGAAAGAAGUCACAACCAGUGCAGAGGGCAUUGGAUUUGAGAUAUUUUAGCACAUAGUGUACAUUUAAGUGCUUUUAUACUGCUGAAAUAGUGUGCAUGAAAUCACAUAGUUCCAGUUUCUUGGGAUGUGAAAUUUGAAAUGGACGAAAAUACCACGAUGAAAUACAUGUUUCAGUCUAUCCUGUAACAUAGUAGGGUGAAUGGGAAAUGAAAGUUUCAUGGAGUAUGGAUGGUAUGAUUGUAUCAAAUAAUGUCAAUCAUAAUUCAUAUUUAAGGCUGUCCCG